AAACCCGACUGCGAGGCAGCCAUAGAAAAGCUGGAACUUGUGUGGCUGUAACUGCGAAAAAGGAAUUACUCGAUAAUGCACGGAAUUCCAUAAUACUAUGUUAAUAUACAGUAAUAUUUAAUAGUGUAGGUCUACAUCAGCGUAGUACACAUGAAAAAAAAAUGAAUGUAUCAAUUUUCUUGGUCAUUUACUUCAUUCUUAUAAAGCAAAAUCUCGCCUCGUACGUGCUCCCGGUGGAGAAUGUGACCAUGGUGUGUCACAACCUGCAGACUGUGGUGUACUGGAACCACAGCCAACCAGAGCUGCAGCCUCGCUUCACCGUCACCCUACAAUCCUACUAUGAGGGCAUGAGCACGCAGGUGUGUACUGACACCCCAGCCUAUUACUGCAACGUUUCCGCGGCAACACAGGGAAACAUCAGAGAUGAUUAUAUCGUCUAUGUGAACGUGUCUGGUCAGAACGAGUCCCAGCGUGCCUCCGACACCACGUUCAGCUAUGAUCGCAGGUCCUCCUCCAAACAGAUUUGCUCAGUGGACCUCCCCUUGGUCAACAUCUCUGUCCAACCAGAUCACCAUGUCAACGUCUACUUCCGCCACCCAUUUCACAUCUACAAAAAGGCCAUUAACCUAUCAGAUAGGAAAAAGUCUAAGAAAUUUGACUACGUCAUCAUCACUAAGGACCAGAAGGAACAUGAUUUCAUCUGCUACAGCGAAGACAAUGUAUGUAAGGCUCGGUUACCGGCGGAGAUGGCAGCAGACAAACACUGUGUGAACAUUAAAGGGUUCAUGGAUGCCUUAACUGUUACGACUCCUGAGCUCAUCUGCAUAGACGAGCCUCCACCAACCAAGGCUGAGAUGUUUGUAUUCUGUGCGUGUGUGUUCAGUCUCCACAUUUGUAUCCAGAUGGUAUAUGUGCGUGUGCGUAUAAAUCAACCCACUGCGUUUUGCCCCAUUUAGAUGCCUCCCUGACCAUCCACUAUAUCCUGCUCCCUGUCAUAAUAAUCCUGGCUGUCUGCUGUGCACUUUACUUGGUCUUCAGAAAAUGGACCAAAAUCCCUCUGCCCGCGUCUAUAACCAAGAUGCUGAAAGGGGUGAAUGGCUACCCGCUGUUAGUAGAGGCAACCAACAUAUCUCCGGUUAUUGAGGACCCCACUGGCCUCUCCUCCGACGGCUGCAGCCGUCUGCUCUCCGUGGAGACCCCCACGACCGACCUCCAUCCUGCACACUCCGACCCUGGCUCCUCGGGACAGCAGACCCACUUCCGCUUCCCCAUCCCCCGGCCGACCCAGGAGGUGACCGAUGAGGAUGUGACAGCAUUACCCCGUGAUGAGUCGAGCCUGCAGGGCGAGGUUGAAGAGGUAGAGGAGGCUCAGUUGGACAAUAGGGAAGAUCUACAAGCUGGUUCAGGUUACGAAAGGCGGGACAAUGUUAUAGUAGAGAUGGAUGCUGGAGACAUGGUAGAGGCCUACAAGUGAUAUAAACCACUUGCACAUGCUCUAUCUUGAAAAGGGACUCAUCAUUUUGUUCGUGUAUGAAUGUUAAAAGCCAGAGGAUCAUUGAGGGAUACUUUACUUUAGUGCUGUUAUUUGUAUUCAAGCAUUUUGGACGUCUCCUGGUUUAUUCCAUUUCAGGACCCUUAUCUGGAAAAUAGAUCAGAUUAUAAAAGUGUAUCCUUAACAGCUUUGCUAAAACCA